UGCUGCUUCUCUGCCUCCGCUCCUCUAAAUCUAACAAAUCUGAGAAAUAAACGACUUUCUCGAAAACCCCCUGUAUGGAAUCCUUUGAGAUUUGCAUCUCUGCUGUUCUUUCUUGGAUUCCUUUAUGGUAUAUUCCUCGAAUAUUAUUGUAAACAAAACCCAGAAUUUGUUUUGUUUCCAAACCAAAGCUGAGAAAUUUAUGCAGUUCCAAUAGCAGCAAUAUUUUUAUCUUUUAUUGUUUUUUGUUUUUGAUUUGAUUUGGUUGGCUCUCUGAAUAAUCUAUGGAGGAGGAGAGGAAUAUACUGUUUGGGAAAUAUGAGAUGGGAAGGCUGUUGGGGAAAGGGACUUUCGCCAAGGUCUACUACGGCAAGGAAAUGGUCUCCGGCGAGAGCGUGGCGAUCAAGGUGAUCAACAAGGAUCAGGUGGUGAAGAAGGAGGGAAUGAUGGAGCAGAUAAAGCGCGAGAUCUCGGUGAUGCGGCUGGUCCGCCACCCCAACGUGGUGGAGCUCAAGGAAGUCAUGGCCACCAAGACCAAGAUCUUCUUCAUCAUGGAGUACGUCCGAGGCGGCGAGCUCUUCGCCAAGGUCGCCAGAGGGAAGCUUAAAGAAGACUCUACCCGGAAGUACUUCCAGCAGCUGAUCAGCGCGGUGGACUUCUGCCACAGCCGAGGCGUCUCCCACCGAGACCUCAAGCCGGAAAACCUGUUGCUCGACGAGAACGAGAACCUCAAAGUCUCGGAUUUCGGCCUCUCCGCCUUGCCGGAGCAGCUCCGGAACGACGGGCUUCUCCACACGCAGUGUGGCACCCCGGCGUAUGUGGCGCCUGAGGUCUUGAAGAGGAAGGGCUACGACGGGUCCAAGGCGGAUAUUUGGUCAUGUGGAGUCAUUUUAUACGUUCUUCUCGCUGGGUUUCUUCCAUUUCAAGAUGAGAAUUUGAUGAACAUGUAUAACAAGAUCUUCAAAGCCCAGUUCGAGCUCCCUCCAUGGUUCUCUUGCGAGUCCAAGCGCUUGGUGUCCAAGCUCCUCGUCACCAACCCAGAUAGACGGAUCACAAUCCCGGCAAUAAUGCGAACACCUUGGUUCCGCAAAGGGUUGGUUAGGCCCAUCCGAACGGCGGCGAUGGUCAAAGAAACAACAACACAAGUAGAGCCAUCAGCUGGUGAUGAUGAUGAUCACGAUGAUCCGUCUCCGAAAACGCCCAAGUUUUUCAACGCAUUCGAGUUCAUAUCCUCCAUGUCGUCCGGGUUCGACCUGUCGAGCCUAUUCGAGAAGAAGCGGAAGGUGGGCUCCAUGUUCUCGUCUAGGUGUAGGGCGGCGGCGAUAUUGGCGAAGAUCGAGGCGGUGGCGAAGGGGCUGAGCAUGCGGGUGGCGAAGGCGAAGAACUUCAAGGUGAGGAUGGAGGCCCCAGUGGAGGGCCGCAAGGGGCGGCUCGCAAUCACGGCGGAGAUCUUCGAGGUCGCCCCCGAGGUCGCCAUUGUUGAGUUCUCAAAAUCCUCCGGUGACACUUUGGAGUAUACAAAGUUCUUUGAGGAGGAUGUCAGGCCUGCUUUGAAAGACAUUGUGUGGACAUGGCAAGGCGACAGUAUGUGUAAUGUUAAGGAUGAUGCCGGUGGAGAGUGUGAAUGGUAUGGUCUGCAGCCAUGAUUAACCCCCUGUUUUUCAUGUUUGUUCCAUAACCCCAGAAAAAAACAGAGACACAAACGAUGGCAAAAACUUUUAACAUUAGCUUUUUUUUUUCUUUUCAAUGUUUUGGAAAAUUUUUUGUUUGGUUUGUAUAUAGGUUGUGACUACCAAAUUGAAGUUUGGGAGAUAAAAGGAUGACAAGGUUUUAUACAAUUAUGUUCAUGUUCUUCUUGAGAAUGUUGUUUGGUUGGGGAGAUAUGUAAGAAGUGGUACACUCGAGUUCCGCCCCGCCUAAUCGGACAAGUAUUCGGGUAGCUCGAAUAGGUUUUUGAGCUCUUUGUCCAAGCAAGUAAGGUUCGGGUACUCUCUUCUGUCCGACCUGAAGAUAUGAAAUCCAACUCAACCCCUGCACAUUUUUGAAGAAAAAUCAGUGACACUCAGCAUUUUCCCUAUCAAUUUUCAACUAAUAGUGGAAAUCAAUGCUGCACUUGAAGUGUAAUAUUUUUUUUUUUUGGUUGCUUUUGGAUGCUGUACAUUAUGCUUUGUAGGCGUGGAAGCUAGUGAUUAAUGAGGCAAAUAUGUAUAAAUAUUGUCCAUAUUAAGUGUGGAUUGUAUUCUGCCA